AUGUCGACGUCGAGGAGCUUAGCUGUCUCGCAAAGCGAGGGCGUGGCUGCGACUCGGCGUGGCCCGUCAAACGGACCCCUUACGACGUGUGCGCCGAGCCAAGCAACAGCGUUUUCCCUCGGUACCGGCAGCAACACCUCCCUACGUGCCCAGCUGCGCAAGGAACGCCGAAGAGAAGUCUCCUGCGCGAGUACCUCUGCUGGGAGCGAAGCGUUGAAGGUUGCCGGCUCGUCCGACGCGUUGGCCUCAGCAGCGACGUUCGGUCCAUCCAGCGUUCCACCGCCCACCAGUUCGACGGCUCCUCUGGUUUCCGGCCGCAAGAGACUCGCUCCCAACGCCACCGGCCAUCCUCUCAACGCGCCAAAAUCAAGAGAGUCUGUGAUCAGCUCCGAAGAGCACCGGAAGCCCUACCGCAGUCACAGUCCUCUGCCGCCCGCAGAGCCUACAUCUAUCUCGGCCCACGAAGCUCAGCCUCCCAGCAAUCUGCCCUUUGAUCCAGAUCGGAGUGUGAGUGUAGCAUGAGAGCCUUGUUGAAGAAGCUCACGCCCUGCUGACCACCUCGUACGACUGUCCUCAGCUCGGAGUCGAAGCGCUACAUUCCGCUUUCAGUGCCAAAUGGAACGAAAUGACGGGCAAAUACUACGAAAUGGCCAAGAAGUGUCGGGAUUGGGAACGUUACUGUGCCAAGCUUCGCAUACAGGUGAGCGGGAAUCAUGCUCCUUCAUAUCCAAGUUCAAUUGAUUCGACGUGCGCUCCUCCUCGCUUCUUCAGGCCGAGGGUUUCUCCUCGGAGCGCAACCGUCUCAAGGAGCUGACUGCGCAGCACGAGGGCAUCAUCGACCGUCUUGAGGAAGAGAUUGCGAGCGUGCGGGCCGAGUCGAGGAACAUCGAUGAGCACCGCCACCGUCUAGCAGAAAGAGUGAGACAUAUCAACGAUGAGCAAAGUUACGGCAUUGGCUGACUCCAUGGCGUUGCACUUGCCUUAGGUCAUUCUUCUGGAAAGAAUGCUCACCGUCAGAGAAGGAGCUUCGAGCCGCCAGGGUCACAACUUGCCGGGUCCCGACUCCUUCGGCCCUUCCUUGCCGUCCGAUCGCCUGAAUGCUCCAUCGCCACCGAUCUCGACAUCCUUGUCACAGACCUUCGACACUGCCACCGUCAGCAUGCACGCAGGGAGCAACAUGGAGCCGUGGUGCAGCAGUAACCUCCUUGAUCGUCAGACCGUCUCCAACAACAGGCGCGGCUUCUCACGAGAAGGCUCUAGUGGGCCGAUAGACGGCGCAUGCGUGGAUCUUCACCCCAGCUGGUCCAACGUGGUACCAGGAUCGUGGAUAAACGGUCAACGUGAACAUCACAGUGCCGAGAGCAUAGCCGACAUCGUCUUAGCCGAUGCAGAGAAUCGCGAAGCUGGGGCCCUCUUCGGUGACGGUCGGGCUUCCCGGAUGGCCGAGUACGACCCGAUCAAUCGCUCGCAGCUCUUGCGUGGGAGAGGUUUGAUGACAGAAUCCGAGCAGGAGCUCUCAGGCUACCAACAUCAACAGCAUACCGCAUCUCAGUCGUAUGCUUCGACCUUUGGCGGCCAACAAUCACUCGGUUUGGGCAGCACGCAGCCCGCGGUAGCUGACUAUCAGCGGCAGCGUCGCCCAUCCGCAGCGCACACCGUGGCCAUCGCUGGCCCAUCUCUCCCAAGAGACGUCGCUUCGAGCAGUCACACUGGUCCUAUGCCCAGUCUCAGUCGUCAGCGUAGCGACACGGUCGUCAUCACAUCUGGUUCUGCUCAUGCCGAAGCAGCCUUGCCGAAAAGGCGAAGUACGAACACGGAUGGCACAGGCCUCAUGUCAGGGAACUCAACAAUGGCUUCUGCUAGCCUGCCUUCUCUCGCGCCAGAAGGUAACAACAGACGAGGAUUGCCGGUCGCCUCCGACGCCCAGGUUCACCGUCAGAGCCACGGAGCUCUCACUGCGCCUGCUCGUGGCGGUAGCGCGGUCAGCGAUGCUUCGACUGUGACUGGAGCAUACCUGGCAGACACUCUUCAGGCGCGCAAACAGCUACGUAGGACGAGCCUCACACAGCAACAGCAGCUGCAAGCCCUCCAAGCUCAACAUGGUCGAAGAUCCGCUGGCCCAGCAGAUGAAGAGCCUUCGGCACCGCUCGCGCCGCCUCAAGCAUUCAUCAACAGGCCUUCGAGCCGAGCUACUAGCCGCCUGAGCACGGGAAGUCAUGGCGGCAUCGAGCGAGCCCGUGCACGAGGCACUCGGAGCCGUAAUGGCAGCACAAGUGUACACGAUAGCAUUCCUGUCCAGAAGGACGAUAUCUUUUCGAGCAGUGAAGAGCGUAUUUUGAAGCAGGCCAUCGAGGCACAGACCUUGCCCUCCCGAUCUACCUUCAAACGCACCAUCAGCGACUCUGCUCUCAUCACUGAUGAAGCUGGGCCGGUGUCGCAUCAUCAGUUCAGCUCCUCUACGCUUGCCCAAGGUACCAGCCCAGCAGCGCAGGUGCGUGACGGUGGAAUCAAUUCGAGCUCAUCUGAGAGCCCAGCCAACUCGAGCUCAGCUGGUAGCAAGCAUGGCUCUCCAGUGUACGAACACACAGCGAGUGGACAUCUCGAUGUCUCGCAAAGCGAUCCGACGCCCUCGUCCGUUCCUCGUCGGCGCGGAGCGUCUAACGAAAAUCCCGCCCACUCCGAAAGCAUCUCGCAUGUGCACUCCUCGGAUGACAUUGUUGAGUAUCCUCAGGAUCUGACGGAAGAAGGCAAGCGGCUGGCCCUACGCCGGCUGUACAUUCGCCUCAAGGAGGAGCUUAGCGAGGAGGAGCUCGCCAAAUUUGAAAGGUCAGUGAUUUCGAACUUCUGCCCCAAAGAGCCACCUGUUGACUCUGCUUGUUCGGCGUCAUGCAGAUACAUCCAGCGAUAUGAUCGACUGGAAAUGCCUCUCGAAGGUCCACGAGGAUUGCUGAACCGUUUCAAGAAGCUUCUGCUCCACACUGAUCCGAAUAUACGCGCUAACGACCGCCAGCGCUGGGCGCUGCGCAAAGAUCUGGCCAGAGCUUUUGAGCAUAUCGUACGCUUGGACGUCGAGGCUCACGCCCAGCAAGAAGAGACGUACGUCGAGCAAGAGGCUGCUCGUAUGCAAAACGAAGAGAUGCAGAGGGAGCUCUCCUUUGAUGAGGAUGAUCUUUGA